CCGGAUGGGUCCUUCACAACGAGACGUAGUCUUUGAAACCGGAAGUCAAACAGCUUCGGUUUGCAUCCGCUCGAUCCUGUUACUACUGUUUGCUUAUGCUUGUUCAUUUUAGUUGGAAAAAUGUUGUCUAUAUUCAAGACCAUUCCCACGCACAUGGAUUAUAAGGGCCAGAAGCUGGCUGAACAGAUUUUCCAAGGCAUAAUACUCAUUUCAGCGGUGAUUGGAUUCGUGUAUGGUCUGAUCAUUGAACAGUUCGGGUGGACAGUGUACAUAGUCUUGGGUGGUUUUGCUGUGUCCUGUGUGUUGACCCUGCCUCCAUGGCCUAUGUAUAGACGGAAUCCUCUGUCCUGGCAGCCAGUUGUACCAGAGACCAGCGGGGAGUCCAGCCAAAAACCUCAGGAAAGUCUCAAGAAGAAGAAGCACAAAUAGCUGAAAAUGACCCCUGCCUUUUAUAUCGGAAAUUAUUUUGAAUUUUGUCUCACAGUUCACAUUUGAAGCAUUUGGGAGGAUAAUGUUGUUACAGUGUUUCUCAGUCAGCAAUGAAAUUCUUCUGUGUCAAAAUAAUAAAAACAUCUGAUACUGUC